AUGCUCAUGGGACGGCCGGGCGGGACGAAGAUGGCGAGCGAGCACGCGCCGACGUUUCGCAGGGGGGUGAAAGCGGUGUUCGAUCGGUGGACGGCGAUGCAGCUGGCGGUGGUGAACGCGUGGGGGGGGACGGAGAGCGAACGGAAGGCGCGGGAGGCGGAAGAGGAGAUCGCGGAGUGGUUCGCGUCGCGCAAGAGCAAGGACGCGCUCGAGUUGGAGGAUUUGUUGAUUGAGAUAUUAGGGGAUGAUUUUAACGUCACGUGCGAGGAUGGGUCGCCGGGUGAGGUGGCGAAGGCGCUGUGGAUGAUGUACGAGCAGUGUGCGGAGGGAAGGUACGAUAUGGUUGCGCAGAUUGAAUCGAAGCCGCUCCCGCGCGAGUCGAUCGAGCGAAGCAGACAAAUCGAAGAAGACAAGCGAUGGUCGAUGAACGGUGGUGGGGACAUGGACACCGGAGCGAGCUCGAGUGAUGAUGAAGGAGAUGAUGAAAUGGACGCCGUCGACGCCGAUGGGCUCGCCGAGCAGUUGGGUGGGGCUUUUAACGUUCACCCGAGCGGCGACGACGCGCUGGACACGUCGGCGCGACGUUUGAAAAACGAGCCAGACGACGAUGGCUGGUGCACCGUGCCGUCGCGGCGAUGA